CGCAUUUAGCUAAACUGUCUCUCUUCAAUCCAUUUUCGACCCUAAUUCGGGUCUCCAGAGUUUUCCCCCGGACAGCGUAUCCUCUUGCGAAUACUCUGCGAGUUAAUCACGUCACCCCUCUCCUCAGACCACCUGCAAAGUACCCCGCCUACACCUUCGCAAACAUGGCUAUCAACUCCGCCCCCGAGAGCUCCCUCCUCUCGCUCCUCUACCGCUCAUACCCCGCAGCCAUCUCACCCGACGAGACCGAGCCUGAUCUUCUUGCGGUGAAUCCCAAGGUUUUUCCUGGUGUGACCUACAAUGCUUCCGAUGAAGCGGACAUCAAGCAAUGGCUGGCCACAACUUCUAGCCUCCAGAGCGCUCUCAGCAAAGACGACAAGUCUGCAGUUUCAGACAUCCUUGCUCAGAUCAACACCCAUCUCGCCACACGGACAACUCUCCUUGGAAACAAAGCAUCCGUUGCAGAUGUCGCAGCUUACGCCCUCCUUGCGCCCGUAGUCGAGAAAUGGUCUCCGGAAGAACGCACAGGAGAGAAAGGAUACCAUAACAUUGUCCGCCACGUUGACUUCGUCCAGAACAGCCGUGUCUUUUCGCUGCAGAUCCCCGAUGAGGAGAAGGUCAAGAUUGACGUGAACGACGUCCGAUUCGUACCCAAGCCCGUCGACCCCAAAGCCGAGAAGGAGCGCAAGAAGAAGGAAAAGGCUGCUGCUCAGGGCGCCGGGGCCGAGCAGACUGUUGUUGUUGGUCAAACCAAGCCCGAAAAGGCUGCCCCCGAUGCCGCCGCCGCCGGAAAGGCCGAGGGAAAGCCCAAGAAAGAGAAGAAAGAAAAGAAAGAGAAGCAGCCGAAGCCCGCUCCUGCUCCCGCAGCGCCUCCUUCCCCAUCUCUCAUCGACCUCCGUGUCGGUCAUAUUCUCCGUGCCGUCAACCACCCCAACGCUGACUCACUUUACGUCUCCACCAUCGACUGUGGUGAUGCUCCUGGCUCAGACAACACAUCUGUGGAUGAGGAGACUGGAAAGACCGUUCGUACAGUAUGCUCUGGCUUGAAUGGCCUGGUUCCCUUAGAGGAGAUGCAGGGCCGCAAGAUUGUCGCUGUCUGUAACCUCAAGCCCGUUACCAUGCGUGGCAUCAAGUCCGCUGCCAUGGUCCUGGCUGCUUCCCCCCGUGUCGCUGAGGGCGAGGACUCUCACGCUGGCCCCGUUGAGCUUGUUACUCCUCCCGCAGAUGCCCCUGCCGGCGACAGGAUAUACUUCGAGGGCUGGAACGACGGCGAGCCUGAAAAAGUACUCAACCCCAAGAAGAAGGUCUGGGAGACUUUCCAGCCUGGUUUCACUACAACGGAUUCUCUGGAGGUUGCGUUUGACAGCAGCGCCGUCCCUGUUGCUCAAAGCCAGCAGGGCAAGCCUGCGCUGGGUAAGCUGGUCGCUAAGUCGGGUGGUGUAUGCACAGUCAAGACUCUGAAGGGUGCUACUGUACGGUAAAUCCGAUGUAACAGUAG